AAUUAUUUAUCCUUUAGAUUUUGUUUCUCAUCUUCUCUGUAAAAACCCAACUAAACCCUCUGCAUUCCGUUUCCAAAUCUCAUGAAUCUUCAAAUGAUCGUCUCUUCAGUAGCUCCGCCGGCACCUGUCGGUUCUGGAAUUCUCUUCCGGCGCCCCGGUGCGUUGAAUUUUUCCUCCGGUGGCCCCAAUUCAACUUCAACAAAGCUCUCUUCUUUGUGCUCCACCUUUUUUCCCGUCCAAAAGGAUGUGGUUGGCAGGUUCCAAGCGUUGGAGACCAAGCAUCUAGAUAGAGUUUCCGUGCAUGCUGUGCCCAAGAUGGCUGAAAAUUACUAUGAACUUGAACCUUUGAAACAAGAAUUCAUGAGCACGGAUGCCUUGAAUUUAAAGUUUGAGGAUGCCGUUUUCUUAGAGCCAGAGCCAUUAACUGAAGUAAAGAAAUCUAAAGAGGAAGGUCCACAUUCAUCUGCCGCGAAGAAUUCAAAAAAGGAAAAGAAUCCCACACGCCUUAGCAGUAGUGCUGCAGUGAUAAAAACAACUGAUCAUUUUCAAAUCUUCAGAUAUCCUCUUGGGACGGAGUCUGCAAUAAAGGCAAUGUUGGAACGUAACACUUUGGUCUUUGUUGUCGACAAACGAGCUGAUAAGAAGAAUAUCAGAGAGGCUGCCAUAAAUAUGUUUAAGAUAAGGGUGAAGAAAGUGAAUACUUCAAUCACGCCUGCUGGAACGAAGAAUGCUUUUAUCAUGCUGCCAUCAGAUUUUAAGGCUGCGGACGUGGCUAAGAGGAUUAAAAUCUUGUGAAGAUCAUAGGAGUGUUUCUGACCAAUGCGAUUUUGCUCUCCAACAAUUUUAUAGUUUUAUCAAGAUUCGGUUAUCUUGAUCAGUAGCUGUAUGCUGCGAAUCUUAUUGUCUGUAAUCUGUAUCAAGCAGAGUCUGAACGAUUGCAGGAAAAGCUGCAUUCUUGUUUGAGUUUUGAGGCUAUUAACAGAUUAUGGUAUCUUCAGACCUUAA